CAUAGCUGUGGUUAGCUGAGGAGAAAGAGACAAAGUUGUCUAAUUCUGUGGUUUAGCAGCAGUAUGUAUAAAUGUGCUUUCAGAGUCUUGCAGAGUCCUGUGACUGUGAUAGAAACAAGCAAUCGCAUUGAAAUGUUAUUAGUUUUGAGGUAAAAGUGUACCUUUGAAUCACAUUUACUAAAAUUGCAUUCAGCAUCUGCCAAACAGUUCUCAAAACUACAUGACAAGUUUCCUGCAGAGAAGUGUCUAAAUAUUCAAAGCAUCAAUACACGUGUCAUUGCAGGAAGCUGUGGUUGGUCUCCUUCCUGUUCUUGUGCUUGAGUAUAAAGUCAGAGACACUUCCCUUCCUUUGUGGGGAACACACCCCUGACAUCUAUACCCCGUGUGCUAUACUGAGUGUCUCUCGCCAGUUGGCAGCUGUCAUUGCAUGUGAGUGGAGGCAUCAGGUGAUCUUUAGUUUAGGCAGUGUCUGAGCAUUUGUGGCCAGGCUGCGAGCUUGUUGCAUAGGCGUAUCCCCAAAGUGCGGGUUCAUGGAGAACGAGCCUGGUAUCUCUCCGUUCAAGCGAGUCUUCCUGAAAGGAGAGAAGGGGAGGGACAAGAAAGCCCAGGAGAAGGCCACAGAGCGCAGGGCCCUACACACCUUCUCACUCUCUCAGCCUGACCACCGCAUCGACCCAGACAUCCUGCUCAAUGACUACAUUGAGAAGGAAGUCAAAUACUUGGGGCAGCUGACAUCAGUUCCAGGAUACUUGAACCCAUCAAGUAGGACAGAGGUCCUGCAGCUAAUUGACAAUGCGAGAAAGUCACAUCAGUUGGUAGGCCAGCUGACAUCAGAGCAGGAUGCAGUCGUGAGCUUGUCAGCAUACAACAUCAAGCUGGUACGGCGAGAUGGAGAAGACAUCAUUUUAAGAGUGCCCAUCCAUGAUAUUGCUGCUGUCUCCUACAUCAGGGAUGACUCAUUACACCUUGUAGUGAUAAAAACAGCCCAGGAGUCAGGGGGCUCGCCCUGUCCCAGUUCAUGUCCUGAUCUCAAUAAGUCUCAAACUCGGAGCUCCUUGUCAGAAAGUGGAACUGUGCUUGUUGAAGUCUGCUGUCUGCUUGUGCUGGCAGUUGAUAAUAAGGCAGCAGCUGAGGAGUUGUGUCUUUUGCUUAGCCAAGUUUUCCAGAUUGUUUACACAGAAUCAACCAUCGACUUCUUAGACAGAGCCAUUUUUGAUGGCGCAACUACACCAACCAGACACCUUUCUCAGUACAGUGAUGACUCUUCGAGCAAAGUAGAUGUUAAAGACUCUUUUGAAGAGGAACCCAGCCCACUUCAGUUCCUGGUUACAGAAGGAAGCUCUCCAUCUGCUUCCACUCCUGCAUCUCCUCAGACCAAAACUGCAAGCGAAGGCGAGCUGAGCACCACAGCUGCAGAGCUGCUGCAGGACUACAUGACCACACUGCGGACAAAGCUCUCAUCACAGGAGAUCCAGCAGUUUGCUACUUUGCUCCAUGAAUACCGUAACGGUGCCUCCAUUCAUGAGUUCUGCAUUAAUUUGCGACAACUUUAUGGGGACAGCAGGAAAUUUCUUCUGCUCGGCCUGCGGCCCUUCAUACCAGAGAAGGACAGCCAACACUUUGAGAACUUCCUUGAGACCAUCGGUGUGAAGGACGGCCGAGGCAUCAUCACUGACAGCUUUGGUCGUUACAAGCGCACAGCAAGCUCUGCCUCAGAUUCCACCACCAAUGGCAACGGAGCAGCAGGAGGAAGUGGUGACAGUGUUGCCUCGGACGAAGGCCACGAGCCCUCUGAGGGGGAUGAAUGGGACCGUAUGAUCACCGAUAUCAGCAAUGACAUUGAAGCUCUCGGCUGUAGUAUGGACCAGGAUCCAGUGACACCUUGACAUGGGGAACAGAGGGGGGUAGUUUGGGGAGCUGUGGACAUGAACUGAUGGCCAGCAGGCAUGAUGUGAGUGGAUGAGAUGAAGGUGGUUGUUCAGCACUGACCUAAGAUUUGAUUUAUUGUAUUUUCCUCUAAUUGUCAAGAGGACGUUCCAUAGUCCCUACACACUCAAGGAAAGCCUUAAGUUGUUACUAUUAAGUCAACAAAUGCACUUAUGCAGACCCUGUAGAUGAAACGCAGUGGGUUGGAUUGUUGGUUUUAUAGACUGAUUUAUUUUAAAAAUUUUACUUUGUGCUCAUUUAUUGGCAGUAUCUGCCACUGCUAUGAGCAAUGUAGCGAAUAUCUUCAGUCUUUGAAAUCUGUAAUUUUGAAAAUUGUGGAUAAUCCAUCAGAGGACUGUGUACACAUUUUAGAAGGUGAAGCAUGGGGCUGUUUUGUGUUUGCUAUAGAUCAGUCAGCUUCAUCCACAAAGAGAACUUUGGUUUUCUUCAUUCACAUUGUGUGUUACGGUGUGUGUAACAUUUUGCGCCAUUUUUUUCCAGUAAGGUUUGUGUACUGCUUUGUUUUACACUAUCAUUUGUUAUCAUUGUUUACUUAUUUACAUAUUUUUGCCUUACUCAAACUGACCGAUGAAAUGCUGUAAAAACAAAUUCUCAUUCAUUUAGUGAGUGAGGACUGUAUUUGACAAAGCCAGUUAGUUGAUGGCUGAUGUAAAUUUAUAACGUUUAAAGUCGUUCUUCACAUGCAGGUCAUCUUGUUAUGUUGUGCCUUCACACUGCAGUACUGCUGCCUGCUGUCUGUCACUCACAGACAGAUAAUUAUGAACUGUAACUACAGUUGUUCAGCAAAACAUGGUUAUUAAAUAACAGCUAUUUUACACUGAUUGUAUCUUAUUGCAAAAUUUACACGCAUCUUGAUGUUGCAUAAAAACAAUAUAGUAUUAUCCCUUACCACCUGUCUGCUGCGUUAUCAAUGUUCACUAGCUCUUCAUUUGACCUCUAUACAUAAGAACUGACA